AUGGGAGCCUGCUGGUCCUACUGCGCGGGCUUGUUCCGCAGGGAGUCCGGGAGACUGCACCGAGGAGGCGGAUCCAAAUACUUUGGCAGCAGCUGUGGGGAGCACUACACUAUAGAGUUUGAGAACCUGGUGGACAGUGAGGAGGAGGAGGAGGAACGAGAGAGUCCACUGCCCUGUCCCAGACCCAUCAGUGAGGAUGAGUUGCAGUACCUGCGCUCACACCACUAUGUGGCGCUGUCGCAGACACAGCUGCAGAUCGACCAGCGGCUCCAACAGGAGUUAGAGGCACAAGAGGAACGUUUAAGACUAGAAGAAGAGGCCAAGCAUGAGGCCCAGAGGGAGGAGGCCCGGGCCGCACGGGCUCGCAUGGCCUCAGAGCAUGAGGCCCAGAGGGAGGAGGCCCGGGCCGCACGGGCUCGCAUGGCCUCAGAGCAUGAGGCCCAGAGGGAGGAGGCCCGGGCCGCACGGGCUCGCAUGGCCUCAGAGCAUGAGGCCCAGAGGGAGGAGGCCCGGGCCGCACGGGCUCGCAUGGCCUCAGAGCAUGAGGCCCAGAGGGAGGAGGCCCGGGCCGCACGGGCUCGCAUGGCCUCAGAGCAUGAGGCCCAGAGGGAGGAGGCCCGGGCCGCACGGGCUCGCAUGGCCUCAGAGCAUGAGGCCCAGAGGGAGGAGGCCCGGGCCGCACGGGCUCGCAUGGCCUCAGAGCAUGAGGCCCAGAGGGAGGAGGCCCGGGCCGCACGGGCUCGCAUGGCCUCAGAGCAUGAGGCCCAGAGGGAGGAGGCCCGGGCCGCACGGGCUCGCAUGGCCUCAGAGCAUGAGGCCCAGAGGGAGGAGGCCCGGGCCGCACGGGCUCGCAUGGCCUCAGAGCAUGAGGCCCAGAGGGAGGAGGCCCGGGCCGCACGGGCUCGCAUGGCCUCAGAGCAUGAGGCCCAGAGGGAGGAGGCCCGGGCCGCACGGGCUCGCAUGGCCUCAGAGCAUGAGGCCCAGAGGGAGGAGGCCCGGGCCGCACGGGCUCGCAUGGCCUCAGAGCAUGAGGCCCAGAGGGAGGAGGCCCGGGCCGCACGGGCUCGCAUGGCCUCAGAGCAUGAGGCCCAGAGGGAGGAGGCCCGGGCCGCACGGGCUCGCAUGGCCUCAGAGCAUGAGGCCCAGAGGGAGGAGGCCCGGGCCGCACGGGCUCGCAUGGCCUCAGAGCAUGAGGCCCAGAGGGAGGAGGCCCGGGCCGCACGGGCUCGCAUGGCCUCAGAGCAUGAGGCCCAGAGGGAGGAGGCCCGGGCCGCACGGGCUCGCAUGGCCUCAGAGCAUGAGGCCCAGAGGGAGGAGGCCCGGGCCGCACGGGCUCGCAUGGCCUCAGAGCAUGAGGCCCAGAGGGAGGAGGCCCGGGCCGCACGGGCUCGCAUGGCCUCAGAGCAUGAGGCCCAGAGGGAGGAGGCCCGGGCCGCACGGGCUCGCAUGGCCUCAGAGCAUGAGGCCCAGAGGGAGGAGGCCCGGGCCGCACGGGCUCGCAUGGCCUCAGAGCAUGAGGCCCAGAGGGAGGAGGCCCGGGCCGCACGGGCUCGCAUGGCCUCAGAGCAUGAGGCCCAGAGGGAGGAGGCCCGGGCCGCACGGGCUCGCAUGGCCUCAGAGCAUGAGGCCCAGAGGGAGGAGGCCCGGGCCGCACGGGCUCGCAUGGCCUCAGAGCAUGAGGCCCAGAGGGAGGAGGCCCGGGCCGCACGGGCUCGCAUGGCCUCAGAGCAUAAGGCCCAGAGGGAGGAGGCCCGGGCCGCACGGGCUCGCAUGGCCUCAGAGCAUGAGGCCCAGAGGGAGGAGGCCCGGGCCGCACGGGCUCGCAUGGCCUCAGAGCAUGAGGCCCAGAGGGAGGAGGCCCGGGCCGCACGGGCUCGCAUGGCCUCAGAGCAUGAGGCCCAGAGGGAGGAGGCCCGGGCCGCACGGGCUCGCAUGGCCUCAGAGCAUGAGGCCCAGAGGGAGGAGGCCCGGGCCGCACGGGCUCGCAUGGCCUCAGAGAAGAACAGAGGCCGAGCUGACGGAGCCACAGAGGAGACCAGGGACCAGAGACAGAGAACAGAGGACUUUGAGGUGUAUCUGCAGACAGUGAAGGCUCAGUCUGAGGCCUUCAGGAGCAACAGCACAGAGCAGUCUGGAUGGGAACAACACAGAGCAGUCUGGAUGGGAACAACACAGAGCAGUCUGGAUGGGAACAACACAGAGCAGUCUGGAUGGGAACAGCACAGAGCAGUCUGGAUGGGAACAGCACAGAGCAGUCUGGAUGGGAACAACACAGAGCAGUCUGGAUGGGAACAGCACAGAGCAGUCUGGAUGGGAACAGCACAGAGCAGUCUGGAUGGGAACAACACAGAGCAGUCUGGAUGGGAACAACACAGAGCAGUCUGGAUGGGAACAACACAGAGCAGUCUGGAUGGGAACAGCACAGAGCAGUCUGGAUGGGAACAGCACAGAGCAGUCUGGAUGGGAACAACACAGAGCAGUCUGGAUGGGAACAACACAGAGCAGUCUGGAUGGGAACAGCACAGAGCAGUCUGGAUGGGAACAGCACAGAGCAGUCUGGAUGGGAACAACACAGAGCAGUCUGGAUGGGAACAGCACAGAGCAGUCUGGAUGGGAACAACACAGAGCAGUCUGGAUGGGAACAGCCCAGAGCAGUCUGGAUGGGAACAACACAGAGCAGUCUGGAUGGGAACAACACAGAGCAGUCUGGAUGGGAACAGCACAGAGCAGUCUGGAUGGGAACAGCACAGAGCAGUCUGGAUGGGAACAACACAGAGCAGUCUGGAUGGGAACAGCACAGAGCAGUCUGGAUGGGAACAGCACAGAGCAGUCUGGAUGGGAACAGCACAGAGCAGUCUGGAUGGGAACAACACAGAGCAGUCUGGAUGGGAACAACACAGAGCAGUCUGGAUGGGAACAACACAGAGCAGUCUGGAUGGGAACAACACAGAGCAGUCUGGAUGGGAACAGCACAGAGCAGUCUGGAUGGGAACAGCACAGAGCAGUCUGGAUGGGAACAGCACAGAGCAGUCUGGAUGGGAACAGCACAGAGCAGUCUGGAUGGGAACAGCACAGAGCAGUCUGGAUGGGAACAGCACAGAGCAGUCUGGAUGGGAACAGCACAGAGCAGUCUGGAUGGGAACAGCACAGAGCAGUCUGGAUGGGAACAACACAGAGCAGUCUGGAUGGGAACAACACAGAGCAGUCUGGAUGGGAACAGCACAGAGCAGUCUGGAUGGGAACAACACAGAGCAGUCUGGAUGGGAACAGCACAGAGCAGUCUGGAUGGGAACAGCACAGAGCAGUCUGGAUGGGAACAGCACAGAGCAGUCUGGAUGGGAACAGCACAGAGCAGUCUGGAUGGGAACAACACAGAGCAGUCUGGAUGGGAACAGCACAGAGCAGUCUGGAUGGGAACAACACAGAGCAGUCUGGAUGGGAACAGCACAGAGCAGUCUGGAUGGGAACAGCACAGAGCAGUCUGGAUGGGAACAGCACAGAGCAGUCUGGAUGGGAACAGCACAGAGCAGACUUCCAUCUGAUGCCACAGCGACUCCAAACACAGAGCUGAGCUGGGACUACACCAAGACCAGGUCUACAGAGAGACCAGAGACCGGGUCUACAGAGGACGGGACCUCCCUGGACUUGGAGUGGGAGGACGAGGAAGGGAUUGUGCGCCUCCCUCAGUGGGAGCGUUCUCGUACAGAGGAGGACAUCCUGCGAGCUGCUCUGAGACCUGGACCUCAGUCCACACCAGACGACACCGCCCUGGAGUGGGACCCCGCCUUCCCAAGCCCUGUGGACCUGGACCAGAGACCGGGACCGGACCAGGGACCGGACCAGGGACCGGACCAGGGACCGGACAAGGGACCGGACAAGGGACCGGACAAGGGACCGGACAAGGGACCGGACAAGGGACCGGACAAGGGACCGGACAAGGGACCGGACAAGGGACCGGACAAGGGACCGGACAAGGGACCGGACCAGGGACCGGACCAGGGACCGGACCAGGGACCGGACAAGGGACCGGACAAGGGACCGGACCAGGGACCGGACAAGGGACCGGACAAGGGACCGGACAAGGGACCGGACAAGGGACCGGACCAGGGACCGGACCAGGGACCGGACAAGGGACCGGACAAGGGACCGGACAAGGGACCGGACAAGGGACCGGACCAGGUCCAGGGACUAGAGCUGGAUUCUGAGUGUGAGGGCUUUGUGAACCCAGUGCUGGACACAGACCUGGAGGACAGCAGAUAG